GUUGACAACGCUCAUCGUUUGAUUUUGUCGAGAAAAGGACAAGUCUUAUGUGGAAUGUAACCAAGAAUAUCAUACAUUGGAUAUUUUAGAAUCGGUAAUUUGGGUACGUAGUCAUGAACUGCUUACAUAACUGGAAAGUUCUAAAUAAAGCACGACCUGGGGAUUUACUGGAAUUCCCCCGAGGGGGGGUGUACUCACACUGGGCCGUCUAUGUGGGGGACGAAGAGGUUGUACAUUUAACUGGUGUCGAUGAUGAUGAUGGAAUCGAUGGAAACUCAAACCCUUCUCAUUUCUUCUCCAUCAGCGGAAAGACUUACAAAAAGGCUGUGGUCAAAUUGGAAAACUUCUGGAAAGUGGUUAAGGAUUCUAAGGCCAAAAUAAACAACAACAAGGACAGGAAAUACAGGCCACGCCCAGCACGUGAAAUAGUUGAAAGAGCCAUAAGAAGCAUUGGAAAAACCGGAUACAAUCUCCUCUGGAAAAACUGUGAGCAUUUUGCAGCUUACUGUCGGAACGGGGUAGAGUGGUCUGAGCAGGUAUAUAUCCUUAAUAAAAGUCUUCUGUAGUUACAGAUAAG